AUGAUUUCCACAACGCAUGCACAUCAGUUGGGAUAUAAUGAAACUGAAGCUAAGAUAUUGGCAUACCUAUCCGGAGCUGCCUAUGCGCAUGAUCCGAACCCAUGCUCACCAGUAUGGAUAAUCAUUAAAACAGUGAAGCUAUUGACGAUUGGUGUAUUCCAGGUGCACAAAGAAUUUCAUGAAACUGCGCACGUGCAAUGGAAACAAGGACUUGAGACGCAUCUGAGUGAUCCUCGAUUUCGGUCAUAUCCAGUAACAUUCACCGGACAUUCAUCAGGAGGAGCAGUAGCAUCACUGAGUGCUAUGAAGACGGUAGUUAUGGGUCAUCGUGAAUCGCACCAGGUCAAAGUGGUAACGUUUGGACAACCCCGCGUUGGCGACAUAAACUUUGCAAGAAACUACGAUCGUUUAGUGCCGAAUACUUAUCGAGUUGUCCACAAAACAGACCUGAUGCCGCAUAUGCCGCCGUGCGACAAGAAUGAAUAUUACUAUAAUGGUAACAAUCCAAGUAAACCAUGCAGUUCCCGUACGAAUGGCUUCUAUCAUCAAGGUACUGAAAUAUGGUAUAAGGAUGGUAUGGGAUCCAAUGAAAAACAUACGGAAUGUUUGGGAGAACCGAGAAACGAGGACUUCCAAUGUAGUGAUAUGCAUAUCUAUGACUAUCGUGUAGAAGUUACCCAGACCUUCGAGCAUGCAGUAUACUUUGAUCGCAAACUAUCAGAUUAUGGUGAAUAUGGCUGCCCCGUUCAUAUGGGAGCGAAAUGGUAUAGGCAAAACGGUCUGCGACGCAGGAAGAGAAGACGUCAUUUGACAAGCACGCUACGUUUCUCGCAUGAUUCACAAGUCCGCUUGCAAACGCAAAUCAACCAAUGGCGUGACAGUGAACGAAACAGAGUUCACCGAUUUUUCAAUCCCAUGGAAGACUUCAGUAGACCAAUGGCUCCGAUUGGUGCGUCUCAAAUCAGAAAGUGA